UGGGCAGGCGGGAGGGGCGAGCUCUGGUGCGCCUGCGCCUGCGGGGUCGUUGGUGAGCAGCGUGGCGGCGAUUUCGGUUGUGCUGCGUUGCGGGGCCGAGGCGAGGUUGGCUGUGGUGUUCUGCGCGGGAAGGACAGAAGAAGAUGACCGACCCCGCUAACGCGGUGCUCAGGAGCGGGCUGAACAACAGGUAUCGCGUGCUGGCGGUCCGCGUGGUGCGGGGAGAGGGAAGUGACCCUGAGAAGCACCUGGUCGUCACCUCUUCCUCUUCGCUGAGAGAUGCGGAGCUGUGCGUCCUUCAGAACAGCUGGGAGUCUGUUCCAGUUGUUCCAGGAGAUAUCGUUCAUUUAGAAGGGGACUGUAGCUCUGGUACCUGGAUAAUAAAUGAGCAGUCUGGAUAUCUCAUUCUUUACCCAGAUUUGCUGCUCUCUGGCACUACGAUAUCAAGUAGCAUUCGAUGUAUGAGAAAAGCGGUGCUGAGUGAAAGGUUUAGGGGCUCUGAGUGUGGUUCACGGCAGACGCUCAUUGGUACAAUUCUUCAUGAAAUUUUCCAGCAAUCUGUAACAAAUAACUUGUCACCUGAAAAAGUAGAGGAACUAGCAAAUAAAAUUGUAUAUGGGCAAAAGUAUCUUAAAGAAAUGUAUCACUUAAAGUUGAAACAAACAGAGAUAAUGCAAGAGAUAGAAGAAUAUUUGCCUUCAUUUUUUAAGUGGACAGAAGAGUUCAUGUGCAAUCCAGCUAAUCAAAAUAAAAUGCAACUAAAACUACCGAGUGAAGAUAAAGCAGGAGAUUGCUCUUCUAAGGUAGAAAUUGUAGAUAUCUUAGACAUUGAAGAGAAUAUUUGGUCUCCCAGGUUUGGAUUGAAGGGAAAGAUUGAUGUUACAGCCAGGGUGAAAAUCCAUCGCCAGUCUGGCAUACAGUCCAGGAUAAUGCCAUUAGAGCUCAAGUCUGGCAAGGAAACGAACUCUAUAGAGCACAGAAGUCAGGUUGUCCUGUAUACGUUGUUGAAUUUAGAACGGAGAGUGGAUCCCGAAGCUGGCUUUCUUCUUUAUCUUAAGACUGGUACUAUGUAUCCUGUUACUGGAACUCGCAUGGAUAGAAGAGAAUUAAUAAAGCUAAGAAACCAGGUGGCCUUCUACUUAAUGCACAGUACAUAUACAUCUGCUGUGGGAAGACAGCAUUCUCAGCUUGCUGCUUUGCCUCCUGUAAUUGAUGACAGCCAAGCCUGUAAAUACUGUUCCCAAGUACACAAUUGCUUUCUGUAUAGCAGAGCUGUAGAAGAAAGGAUGGCGAGUGUGUCUUUUCCUCCUGCUAUGGUACCUAUUAUUGAAAAAGAGACACAGCACCUUAAACCCUCACAUUUAGAGUAUUUCAGUCUGUGGUAUCUGAUGUUAACCUUGGAGAUGCAAACUGGAGAGAGUAAGAAGGGGUAUAAAAGCAUAUGGUUGAUACCUUCUUUGGAAAGAGAGAAGGCUGGAGACUGUGUUGGAAACAUGAUCAGAAUUGAUCAAGUUCAGGAAGUUUCUGAAGGACAAUAUCUGCAUUCUUUCCAGCGUAAAAAUGGUGCUGUACCUGGAGCAAACCUAUUGAUUGGUGAUAGAGUUGUUGUGAGUGGAGAAGAAAAUGGUUUACUUGGUUUGGCUACUGGCUACGUGAAAGAAAUCAGUGCGACAAAAAUCUCCUGUUUGUUGGGCAGGAAUUUAUCAAAGCUCUCCAAGAGUACUACGUUUAGGUUGGAUCAUGAAGAAGGAGACUGUGGUAUAGGAGUUCCCUUUGAAAACCUCUCUAAACUGAUGAAAGAUUCCCCAGUCAGUGAAAAGCUCCGCGACUUGAUAAUUGACUUCCGCAAACCUCGUUUUAUUCAGCAUUUGAGCUCAGUCCUUCCUCCAGAAGCAAAGGAAGCUGUUGCAAAUAUUUUAAAGGGUCUGAAUAAGCCUCAGAAACAAGCGAUGAAACAAGUGUUACUUUCAAAAGACUACACACUUAUUGUGGGCAUGCCUGGAACAGGAAAAACUACUACAAUAUGUGCUCUGGUGAGAAUUCUCUCUGCUUGUGGCUUCAGUGUUCUUCUGACUAGCUUUACACACACUGCUGUAGACAAUAUCCUGCUGAAGCUAGCCAAAUUCAAAGUAGGCUUCCUGCGUUUGGGACGAGCUCAGAAGGUUCAUCCAGAUAUACGGAAAUUUACAGAAGAAGAAAUUUGCAAGUCCAAAUCAAUUAAAUCUGUAACAGAUUUGGAAGAGCUCUACAACAGUCAGCCAGUGGUAGCAACAGCCUGCAUGGGCAUAAAUCACCCCAUCUUUGUUCAGAAGCAGUUUGAUUUCUGUAUAGUUGAUGAAGCUUCCCAAAUAAGCCAGCCCAUCUGUCUGGGCCCACUGUUCUACUCCAAACGGUUUGUGCUGGUAGGGGACCAUCAGCAGCUGCCUCCGCUUGUACAGAAUUCAGAAGCAAGAGAUCUUGGUAUGAGUGAAAGUUUAUUUAAAAGGCUGGAGCAAAACCAAAAUGCUGUUGUCCAGUUAACUGUGCAAUAUAGAAUGAACAGUAAAAUUAUGUCACUGAGUAACAAGCUAGUGUAUGAAGGAAAACUGGAAUGUGGAUCAGAGAAGGUCUCAAAUGCCACUGCUAAUUUGCCAAAUCUAAAGAUGCUGAAACUGGAGCUUGCAGAUGCUUCAAAAACAUGGUUAAAAGAAGUACUUGAGCCAAACAAACCUGUAUGUUUUCUGAACACUGAGAAGGUCCCAGCACCAGAACACGUGGAAAAAGGUGGUGUAUGUAAUGUGACAGAAGCCAAACUAGUGUUCUUCCUCACGACUUUAUUCAUUAAGGCUGGCUGUAAGCCUUCAGACAUUGGUAUUAUAUCGCCAUACAGACAUCAGUUGAAAAUAAUCACUGAUUUGAUGGCAAGACUCAAGGAGAACAGAGUGGAAGUCAACACUGUAGACAAGUACCAAGGAAGAGACAAAAGUAUCAUAAUUGUGUCUUUUGUUAGGAACAGUAACGAUGAAAAUCUUGGUGCCCUCCUGAAGGAUUGGAGACGUCUUAAUGUUGCUAUCACAAGAGCCAAGCACAAACUCGUUAUGGUGGGCUGCGUUCCAUCCCUCCGCCGCUAUGCUCCUUUGGAGAAGCUGCUCUGCCAUCUGCAAUCUGAGGCAAUGAUCUUCAAUCUCCCAGCAGGGGCUCAUGAAAAUAUCCACAAAUGUAACAUUUUAUGAUUGUGAAGACUGAGGGUUCUAGAAGACAUUUCUUGUAUGUUUUCUUCUGGUGCUGCUGAAUGUAAAUUAUUACUUAGUGGAAUGUGAGUGCUGAUGUGCACAAUUCAAUCUGAACAAAGCCAAAACUGAAAUGAUUUUCAAUGAUUUUAAAUGUUUCCUUCAGUAAAAGUAACAAUACACGUUUCUUUAAUAAACAGAUUGUUAAGCUGGUUGUUUUAGUACCAGGGUAUUUGUAACAAACCAGGAAUGUCGAGUAUUUAGUUCCUUCAGGUCCUGUUUGAGCUAUUUCUGUGCUCAUUUUUAUGUUGGUUAAACGCUUUUCUGCAAAUGUGAAUAGGGGAAAACUUGAAAAGGAGGGGUGGGCAUAACUCAGUGCUGUACUGAGUCACAGUUUUCUGGGCUCAGUUUGAUUUUACACACUAAAAUGUAGUUUACAUCCAGUAAUCCCCGUUAUUAACAUUCCUAGUUAAAAUGCUGUAUUGUGUGUUUUGGGGAGAAAAAUUAAGGAAAAUCUUCUUCAAAGCCUCAUGUUCUUUGAUUUUUAAGUACAGAACAGUUUUAUAUUUAUAUUCAUAAUGUAAUGAAUCUCUCAGAUGAAGCUCCCUUGCUAGUUUGCAUAAUCCCUUGGUUUUUCCAUGCAUCUGGGACAGGUGUGAUACUGAUGCACUGAACUCCCUUUUCUGAGCAGCUGGAUUUGCUCAAGUGAAAUGCUGCCCAGCGGAAGAUCACAGUGAGACUCCUGCUGCUUUCAUGCGUGGAUUCGUAGUCUUUUCUUCCAAAACAAAUGCAUCCAAUUCCCAGGAAACAAAACUAGAGUUGCAAUUGGAUGACGGACAGUUUGUAUUGAACACGACACCGCUGCUCAGAAAGCACCUAAACUCCUCAGUCAUCCAAUUAGGUGCUUUCUGAGCAGCGGUGUCGUGUUCAAUACAAACUGUCCUUUACCUCACGUGCUACGUUGAUACUGAGAUGUUUUUGCAGAGGUCACGGCUGGAAAUGUCCAGUUUUUGAUUCUUCAAAAUCCUUGGUGCUUAGCUCCUCUUGGGUCGAUGUGAAGUAGUUGUGUGUAGAGCUGCACACAGUUUUAGAUGUUAAGUGCUAAUUUGUGUACUUCUUGAAACUGCUCUUUCCUUUUGCCAAGUCUGGAAUAAUAAAUUUUGGUGUUGGUUUUGUA